ACCACGUGGUCACAUUCCUUGUUCUCUUCCGUCACCGGCGGCUCCAUUGUUUCCAACAUGAGCAGCGAGAAAGCUGUCCGCUAUGACCUUCUGGUCCGAGUGCGAUACUCAAAUCCCCUCCCACCACCGCCAUGUCCUCCCAAGCUGCUCAACAUCCCGACCAACCCCAAGCGCUACGCGAAGCCCGAGUUCUUGGAUGCACUACGGCAGCGGACGCCGGUGCCCAUGGUGGUGGACGCGGAGUGCGGCAUGCCCUUGGAUCUCAGCCAGUGGGAUGGGCUUUGGGAGCCGGAGGGAAACGAUGCAGCCUUGAAUCCCGAUCCUCUGGACCUCCCCCUUCUCGAUGAUAAGGACCGCGAGCUGCUGUGGGAGCCGCCUGGUGGCCCGAACCGCCCGGCGGAGGCGGUUGUCCCAAUGAACGUGACCUGGCUUAGGAAGAAGGAGUCCAUCGCGCGCCAGUCUGCAAUGACUGCGCAGAAACCGGCCAAGAAACGCGCUAUCCCCACAGCAGUCGUCGAUGUCUCGCGCGAGGCGCAACUACGCGACAUCGAGGCGUCGUUCGCGGCUGCGAAUGAAGACUUUGUGCUCGAAGAGGUCAAGCACCCGACUAAGAAGGGUGUGACUGCAGUGGAGUCUUAUGAGUUCUUGCCGGACCCUGUGUUGUGGGCGAACCAGUACGACUUGUUCAGGUUUAUGGAGCGUCCGGGGAACAGGCCACCAGAGGACGAAGACCCUCGCCUGGCAUGUGCCGUGUUGAGGCCCAUGAAGAGCGAAGUCGACACCUUCCUGUCUUACUACCUCACCGAGAACGACGACGCUGCCUUAUCGUUCAUCGACGCCCGCAUAUCUGUGCCGCCAUAUGAAGUGCCGCCGAACAGCUACACCAAGUUCGACUUUGUCCGCGACUACGAAACCACGAAGGUCGAGCAGGACAUCACGAACGAGUUCAUUUUGAACGUCGAUGAUGGUGAUGAUUUCGAUGAUGUGAAGCCCGGGCAGCAAAGUCGGGGCAAGGGCGCGUACUACAAGAACAUCGAGCGAAAGAUGACGCUCAACAAGCGGCGAGCAAACCCGUACGACAACCCCGACGACCGCUGGGAUGUCAUCCAUCUCACGCACGCCGAGCUUGUGGGUGACGAGCUUCGGGAGCGCGACGAAGCCCUCCUGGAUGUGACCGACCCCAACUACUACCUCGUACCUCGUGAUGGAGAGGGCGAGGUCGAUGAGGACCUUGACGUGGCAAUGGGAGGCAUGGCCUCCGGCAGUGGCCAGCACACCAAUGGCCAUUCGGGAGACGGAGAUGUUCAUAUGAAUGGCGGCUCCUCGGAGCACUAUGGACAAGGCGGAGAUGCCCCGUCACCUCCCAAGGGGGAGGAAACAUGAUGAUACUUGCUCGUUUUGUCCUAUCCAGGUCGACGUCUCCAUAUUUCUUCAUCGAUUAUCACGUUCCUACGGGAACUCCGACUGGUCACUGUCAGCUUAUGGACGGGCUUGAUGUGCUUCAUGGGGCCCACUAAGAGGCAAAGUAUAGCACUCGGAACUUCGUGCAUGCAUCCUGUCACUUUCUGGAGCAUGCCUGUCUGCAUGAUUGUAUAGGUUGGCCGUGUCUUCCGAGCGUCUCUGUGAUGUAGGGGAGGCAGAUGACGCCUGCAAAAGAGACGACAUAGAACGGCCUUAGGUCGCGCUACGAAGUGCU